CCAAGGUUGACGUUGACCUGGAACCUCACAGCCUUCCGUACUCUACUUCCCAUGCAUGGAUUUGGUUCUUCACGUUGCCCAGGAAUACCGACGACAGGGUCGCACACUCGGAUGGCUCCUGAGCAAUAAUAACCGUAACGCAGGUGAUAGGCCUCCCUAGCUGGCAGCAUUAGACCCCGCCCUGUCUAAUUGUAGUACCAAUGAGCUUCCAUGCUACCCCACCCGAGCUUCGAGCUGCAGGAACUGCAACCCCGCCUCGGCAGUACCAAUUGUCGGAUGAGCAGGAAAACCAUGGGGGGAGGGGAAAAACAAUCACUGCGGCGUCGAGAUCGGUUGGAAAUCAUUCUGUAGGAUUUCCCAACCUUGAAGCUCCAGCCCUGGGUCCAGCACACACAACAUCAUGUCUAUGCCAGUCGCGGUAGUCACAGGUGCAGCGUCAGGCAUCGGCCUGGCUCUCACCAAGCACCUCCUCUCUCGCGGCUACCGCGUUGCCAUGGCCGAUUUCAACAAAACCGAGGGUGAGAAGCAAUCGGCCGAGCUGGGGGAGAACACGCUGUUCAGGCACACAGAUGUCUCGUCGUACGAGGAUCAGGCCGCGCUAUUCAAGGCCGCAUUCGAAUGGGGAGGCCGGCGCCUUGAUGUCUUGUGCGCCAAUGCCGGCAUAGCCGACACCCAGAACCUGUUCGAAACCGGCAGCCCGGUCCGGGACGACGGCACCCUGGAGCCGCUGGACCUCCAGACAAUCCGGGUGGACUUGGAUGCUCCCAUCCAAGGCGUGUGGUUGUUCAAGCACUAUGCACGCCAGAACGCGGUGCCAGGCGGGAAGGUGAUGAUAACGUCUUCGGCGGCAGGUUUCUAUCCGAUGCCUACGAAUCCUCUCUAUGCUGCCGCAAAGCACGCGUUGGUGGGCUUCACUCGCUCGUGCGGUAGCGACAGCCCCUUCGCAAAGGAGAACAUCACCGUCAACUGCAUCUGUCCGGCAUUUAUCGCCACAAACCUCUGUCCGCCGCACAUGCUAGGGCUGUUUCCGAAGGAACAUAUCACGCCCAUGUCUACCGCCACCAAGGCCUUGGACACCUUUUUGGACGACGACUCGAUGACUGGGCAGUGCGUGGAGUUGAGCCUGGAUCAAUUGUAUUUUAGGGACAAGAUUGAUUACCCCAAUGAGAGCCAGAGAUGGCUUGGGCAAGAGUCUAAGAAGUUCUGGGAGGACGCAUAUAAGAACUAGC